GCGGUUUGGCCGUGGCCCCGCCCACAUGCUCUACAUUAUAAAUGAGAUCUGCUGCCAGCAGCUCCGAUCGCCCAGCCGCUGAAUGAGCUCAACAUGGCGGAAACUCGCGCUCACUCUCCGUUUCUGCCCGUAUCCCGGCGCCGCUGCACAAGUUCACUGUAAAGUUUCCCUGAGCGCUUCAUAUGAGAACGCUGGUGGAGGAGAGACCGUAAAACGGCCGAGAUGAGCGGCGCACGCGCAGAGCUGCAGAGCGGCCCGUCAUCACCAGCGCUGCCCGCAGAACAUGUGCUGAACUCCGGAGCGGUCACUUUCCCCGGUGUGUUUGACCAGUACGGCUGUCCACUGGUCCUGUUUCCCUCUGAGCAUCACUGUAAACUGGAGGAGGAGCUGAGCAAAGAAGAGGCGGUGCACUUUAUACACUACUGCCUGCGCCUGCACCGUGUUCGUCUGGAGGAUACUCUGCUGUCGGUGGUGGUGGAUCUGAGGCAAGCAGAUGUCCGCAUCGCCCGCUUCAUCGCUGAGACUCUUCUGCUGCUGGAGGUGCACAGGAGGACGGUUCACUCUGUGUAUAUUGUUCAACCAAAGAAGAAAGAUGCGCUGAAGCUGCUGGAGAAGCUGCUGAGCCCGAGCGCAUCCCGCCGGCACAGAGGAGUCCUCUUCAGACGCUUCUUCCUGCGGGAGGUGUUCCAGCUCUCCAACUACAUCGACCGCAGCCAGCUGAUCUCCAGUCUGGGAGGAUACCUGAUCUACUGCCACCACAGCUGGGUGUGCUUCGUCAAGGAGGUGGACGUGUUUGCGCAGGAGUUCCUGACGGUGGUGAACAGACUGCCGUCCUGCAUCUCCACCCUUCAGUCUCUGUCCAAGCAGCCCGUCCCGUCAGAGAUCCAGCGGCUGCAGCGCUUCUGCUCCGUCAACGAGGCCCGCUUCCAGCAGCUCCGGAGGGAUCUGGGUCUGGACGAGCUGCUGAAGCGCUGCGAGUGUCUGAUGGAGAAGCUGCGAUUCCCUGAGAGAGACGCCUGCUUCCACGCCAUGGCUGGAACUGUCCUGUUCACACAAACCACUCAGGAUAUGCUGCGCCACUACAGCGGGAUCAUGACGGCGGUGGAGAAGGUGGAGCUGCUCUGGAAACAGGCCUUCAGUAAAGCACACAUGCAGCUGCAGGUGCUCCGUCUGCAGAGAGAUGCACAGCAGAUCGAGCAGCAGAUGCUGGAGCUGAUGAAGACCAAGGUUCAGUCCUACACACCUGAAGAGGCCCGGGACGCCCACACCGCUGACCGGCUCCGGCUGGAGUUUCACUCUUCGGUUUACACUCACGCUAUGGCGCUAGUGCGGCGAGCAGAGGAUGUGAUGCACACACUAGCAGAGACUGUCCCACCAGCAGACAGGAGGCCUGCAGAGCCCUGGCUGGAGGAGCUGACCCGCCUAAAGGACCAGCUGAGCUCUGCAGUCCAGAACCAGCUCCAGACCCUCAACAGAGCCGCACACUUCCAACACUCCUGCAACAGGGUGGCUGAGGGGGCAAUGUCAUUACACCCCAAACCUAAACGUAUGUCCUGUAGCAGUGCAGGUCCUGAACACAAUCAAGCUCUCGUUCAGCAUUAG